AUGGGGAAGCCGGUGGGCCGUGGCGCCCUCCAGCCGGCCCUGGCAGGCCUGGCCCUCCUGAAGAAGCUGCACGGGGGGUUCCUCCGGCUGGCCCUUCUGCCUGCCCGGGUGGCCACGAAGCCCAAGGCCUCCGAAGUGCUGAGCCAGCACCUCUUGCAGAGGGGGCUGCCCCACUGGACGUCCUUCUGUGUCAAGUACAGCUCGGUGCGCAACGACCAGUUUGGGCUCUCCAACUUCAACUGGGAGGUGAAAGGGGCAAACUACCACAUCCUGAGGACUGGCUGCUUUCCCUUCAUCAAGUACCACUGCUCCCGAGCACCCUGGCAAGACCUGGCCGUGCAGAACUACUUCUUUACCACUCUUAAGUUAAUAAACUUUGGUAUCCCAACUUUAUUAUAUGGAAUUGGCUCCUGGUUCCUUGUCAGUGUCACAGAGACAGUUCAUACACACAGUGGUCCAGUCACUAUUUACUUUCUGAAUAAAGAAGAUGAAGGUGCCAUGUACUAAACAGUUGCUUUCAAGAAUUAAUUCUGCUAUUGCUUAUUGCGGCAGAGUAUUUUCAUGGGCUGUACUGUUCCAAAGCACAGGCAUAGGGGGAGGAUUUCUCUUUGCAGUUUAUUCUUAUGUAAUAUGUAAAGGUUUCAAAACAUGUCACUAUUUUUCCUUUGGUACAAUUUUGGUUUUCCUUUGAGCCUGGCAAAACCAUAAAACAUACUCUGUCCCAAAAAAACUGAUUCUAGUUGUGAAGAAUGAAAAUACGUAUUACUGGGAUUUUUUUCCUGCUUAUCUACUAAUUGUGUAAUAUGUGUGUUUGUUCUAAUAUAUGAGAUUGUUGGCCAGCAUUUCAAUGGAAUGCAAAUAUGACUACAUUCUCCAUAAUGAGUUAACUUUGAUUUCUUUUAAACAAAACUGAUUUGCAAAACAAGGUUUCAAUACCAUAUAAUUGAACGAAUGCUUCGGGGAUAAGGAAUUCAGAAGUUGGAGAAAAAUGUUUAUUUCAGAACUUUGCAUGUGCAAUUCAGGCAUUGGUAAUAAGUAAGUGGUUGUAGUGCUUAUGGCCACGUUUGGACGAUCAGCAGGGGAAACAAUGCAGUAUGGGUCGUCGUACCCCCCUGCAUGUGCCUGUUGUGCGACUGGCAUUUCCCUAAUUACCUAUGUGGCAUUGUGGGUUGCUAUGACACCUGAAAAUGUUCUCACCCACCCCACAACCCCUACUAUUCACUGCUUCGAAAUCUAUUUUAGAUAUGGAGCAGUAUAUAAAUAUUGUAAAUAAAAAAAUAGUUUGGUAUGAGCCAGAGAGAUUGGGUGAUCCAGUCAAAAUCGAGCUCUUUUUAGGCCCAUUUAUUCCAAUGAUUUAAGAAUGUUUUUUACUCUUCCAUUGAACUCAAUGGCACUUAAAAGUAAUUAACAAUGGAGUAUGGGAUGUUUUCCUUACCCCCAUACGUGCCUGUUGUGGAAGCAGCAUUUCCCUAAUUACUUGCGCAGGAUUGCAUGUUUCUGUGUCAUCUGAACACCUUGCGAAGGGGGUUCUCCAUGGGGUGUUAGAAACCUCCCCCGCUGCACCAUAUGCUGGGUUUGGUCGACAAGGCAACCUGUGACGCAGCACAGUAAUUAAGGAAAUGCUGGUCACGUGACUGGCAUGUAAGGGGGGCGGGGAAAACAACCCAUACUCUUGUGUUGUUUCUCCCGCUGAUCGUCCAAACAUGUCCAUAAGCACCACAACCACUUACUUAUUAGCAAUGCCUGAAUUGUACACGCAAAACUCUGAAAUAAAGAAACAUUUUUCUCAGUCUUCUGAAUUUUCCCACAAAGUACUUGGGGUAUAUAAAUAUUGUAAAUAAAUAAUAGUUCUUUAUGAGCCAGAGAGAUUGGGUAAUUGCCAGCCAAAAUCGAGCCCAUUUAUUUCAGUGAUUUACUCUUCCAUUGAACUCAAUGGAACUUAAAACUAAUUAUUGGUUGGAUCAUGGCCAUAUUUUGUGUGUAUGCAUAGAGAAUGCUUGCAAUUGUUUGUGUUCUCCACCAAAUGAGUACUCCAGUCACUUUGGACUCUUUGCAUCUACUGACAGUGCUUAACUGAUAAUGAAAAAUGUAUUGCCGAAAGUUUGGCUGGCAGGUGUAAGAGAAUAUUGUUUGCUUUAAAAAUAGUAUUUUAGCAAAUUAUGUUACCUAGGAAGUGACAUUUGCUGUAUUGAAAAUAAAUACUGCAAUUAAUUUUUGUAGCAUAGGGCUGCAAUAAAAUUAUGCAGAAGUA